UGAAGAUCACGUCGAGCUUCGUCCUCCUCUCCCUCGCGAGCGUUGCCUGCGCUCAAGACUUCGGUCCUUCUGGCUUCGGCGGUAGUUGGGGCCGCAAGCCUCUCGUCAAGUCGGCCGACCUCCAACGCACCAUCACUGGCUCGAACCUGCUCAAACAUGCCAGGCAGUGGGUCAAGUUCUCCCAACUCUCCAACGGCACCCGCGCCUUCGGUACCGCUGGCCACAACGCGACCACCGACUACAUCAAGCGCCUCCUCGACAAGACCGGGUACUACGACACUGAACUCCAGACCUUCCCCUACCUCUACUCGCAAGGCAGCGCGACCUUCGCCGCCAACGGCACAGACUACGACACUGCCUGGUUUACAUACGGUCCUGCCGGAGAUGUCUCCGCCCCACUUGUCGUCGUGAGCAACCUGGGAUGCGAAGCUGCUGACUACCCUGCUGCCGUCGCCGGUAACAUCGCACUCAUCAGUCGCGGCACCUGCGAAUUUGGCCACAAGACUGCCCUCGCUGGUGCUGCUGGUGCAGCCGGUGCUAUCAUCUACAACAACGCGCCCGGUGCCAUUGGUGGAGGCACCCUGGGUGCUAUCUCUCGCCCUGACGUCGGUCCUUACGUCCCCGUCGGAUCCUUGACAGGAGUGGACGGAAGUGCCCUUGUUGCGACCAUUAAUGCUGGCUCUGAAGUUGUCGGCAACCUCCAUGUUGAAGCUGUCAACGAGGAGCGUUAUACCAGCAACGUAUUCGCCACCUCCAAGGGUGGAGACCACAAUAACAUCGUCGUUGCUGGUGGCCAUACCGACUCUGUCCCUGCUGGACCUGGUAUCAACGACGAUGGCUCCGGUUCCAUUGGCAUUCUCGAAAUCGCCCUCCAGCUCCCCAAGUGGAAAGUGACCAACGCUGUCCGGUUUGCUUUCUGGACUGCUGAGGAGUUCGGUCUCGUCGGCUCUGAGUACUACGUCACCAACCUCCCAGAAGAGGAGCGCCAGAAGAUCGCCCUCUACCUCAACUUCGACAUGAUCGCCUCGCCCAACACCGCUUACUUCAUCUACGACGGCGACGGCAGCGCGUUCAACCUCACGGGACCCCCUGGCAGCGCCCACAUCGAGAAGACCUUCGAGGACUUCUACGUCAAGUCCAAGGUACGCAGCGCACCCACUGAGUUCUCGGGACGCAGCGACUACGGCCCUUUCCUCGAUGUUGGCAUCCCUGCUGGCGGCCUCUUCACCGGUGCUGAGGGUAUCAUGACCGCGGAGGAAGCUGGAUGGUGGAAUGGUGAAGCUGGUGUCGCCUACGACGUAUGCUAUCACCAAGCUUGCGACGGCGUCGAUAACCUGAACGUCCCUGCCUGGGUACUCAACACCAAGGCUGCCGCUCACUCCGUGGCAUACUACGCCCGCUCUCUGAACGGCAUCCCCCGUCCACGCGUCAGCGUGCCUGCUCGUGCCCUCAGUGUUACCUCGCUCUCCUACGACGAGCGGCGCCACCAAGCCUGCGGCCACGAUAUCGCUGUCCUGUAAA